GAGGGGAAAAGGGAAGAGAAAAGGAGAAGUGGAAAGCCCAGUGAGGCUCCCUCCGUCCCUCCUGGGCACAAGCUGACACGGGAUUUUGGCUCUGCAGGUGGAGACUGACAUGGCACCCUGGCUGACGCCUCUAGCCCUCCUGUGCCUGAUCUUAGCGGCCCAGACCAAUGUGGCCCAGGUCCUGAAGAAGGCGCAGGAUGGGCCAAAACCUAAUCAGCUCCAGCGGCAAGCUACGGAUGAGGCCUCACACUCUCCGAGCCUCGGGGAUGAAGGGAGAAAAUCCUCCCCAGCUGAGAUUGUCACUGCCGCUCCCGAGGAGUCAAUAUCCAGAGAAAAGGGGAAAUUGUCUGCCCAGCAGCCAGGGCAAGAACCAGAGGCCCAGAAGAGAGGGCAAGAGGAAGUCAAUGAGACCAAGUCUUUGAAGAAGGAGGUGGCCCAUCCUGAGAUCCCGUCAACCCUCUCCACUGAGGAACCCACCGGAGUACCUACAUGGCACCCGCUGGCAACAUCUGAGUCAGUCUCUGUAAAUUCUACAGAAACACCCACCCAAGCCUCCACAGAACCGCCCUCCACCUGCCCGGAGCCUGCCACCGUCUGCUCCGAGCCCUCCAAGGACAACGGGUCGGUGGCCGAGUUGGGGGAGGCGCUGACGAAAUUCUCCCUGAAGCUGUACCAGGCUUUCUCAGAUGCGAAGAAGAAGGAAUCCAACCUGGUCUUCUCGCCACUCAGCAUCUUCAGCCUCCUCGCCCACAUCCUGCUGGGGGCUGGAGGUGACACCAAGAGUAACCUGGAGGCCCUCCUCUCUUCCCCCAAAGACUCUGCCUGCAUUCACAGUGGCUUGAAGGAGUUCAAAUCCAAGGCCUUCACCAUCUUCUCCCAGAUCUUCCACAGUAAAGACUUGGCCCUGAAGGAGUCUUUUGUGAAUGCCUCCAGGAGCCUAUAUGGCAACAUCCCCCAGGCCCUGGGCAAUGACAGCACCGCCAACCUCCACUUCAUCAACGAAUGGGUGGCGAAUCAUACCAAUAACCGUAUCACCCAACUGGUGGACUCUCUGCCGCCCGAACUGCGUCUCGUUCUGCUCAAUGCCAUCUAUCUCAACGCCAAGUGGAAGACGACGUUCAAUCCCCAGUUCACCUCCGAGGAGAAUUUUUACCACAAAUCUUCCAAGGUAAAGGUGAUGAUGAUGCACAGCAAGAAGUACCCUGUGGCCCAGAUCACCGAACCUACCCUGAAGGCCAAGGUCGGAAAGCUGCAACUGACGGACGGGCUGAGCCUGGUGGUCCUCCUGCCCCAGCAAGUCAACCACCAGCUCUCCGAAGUGGAGCUGAAACUCAACACCCCCUUGUUCAGAGCCAUGAUGGAUAAGCUAGAGGCCACCAGCUUCAAGCCCACCAUCGUGAACAUACCGAGAAUCAAAGUGUCCACCAAGCAGGACCUGCAGGAGAUCUUGGAGAAAAUGCAAUUCUUCGACUUCUCCUACGACACCAACCUGUGCGGGCUGACGGCGGACCCGGAGGUGGAGUUGUCCGCUGCCCAUCACCAGGCUGUGCUGGAGCUGACGGAGACCGGGGUGGAGGCGGUGGCGGCCUCAGCCGUCUCUCUGGCUCGCUCCAUGGCUGUCUUCGAGGUGAAUCAGCCUUUCCUCUUCCUGCUCUGGGACCAGCGACACAAGUUCCCCGUCUUCUUGGGACGAAUUUACAACCCCGCUGCCUGAACCGCCGGGGUUGGGAGCCCCGGGUUUAUCUGGGCCCCCGAGCCUUUUCCUAACCCUUGUUCUCCCCGUCCCGGCCACUUCCCGGCCCCCAGACCUCACUUUCCUGCCUUGGGAUCUCCUUCCUCCUCGCCCCCUCCUCUUCCUGAGGGUCUCCCUCCGGUGACCGAGGAAGGGGUGGAUCUUCGUCCGGGCUUCUUCUCCGUCCUCUCUGGGAGGGGCCCGGCUCCCCAAGUGAUAUGCGGGCCAAACUGGGUCAGGCCAGUGGUCCGUCCGGCUUGCCCUCCUCGUGAUGAGGGGCGUACCACCCACCAUCCCUCAUUUCUCCCUCUAAUAAAGCGUUACGGUACCAGCGCCCAUCCCUUCACCCGCCCCUGAAACCUACUGAUGCUUUCUCUCCUUCUCAUCAAUAAACCCGGCAGACGGUG